UUGACAGCGGAAGUAGUUUGGUUCAAGUCGGUUCAGCUCACACCGGGUCCGGAGUUUCAGGAGCUAAGCCUAGAUCGCAGUGCGGGUCCAGCAGCAUCACAAACAGAUGGACGACAAACUAUCAGAGGAGGAUGGACAGACGUUACAAGUGCCCAAAGAGGAGGAGAUGGAGGUCACCGUGUCAACACAACUAGAAAAUCUCAUCGUCACCUCUGACGAGGCAGACGCAGCAUCAAAUACACCAACGCAGGCAGAGGGAACAGGAGAUGUUCUUACAGCAGCCGCAGCGCUUCCUUUAGACGUUGUGUGUAAGAAAGAGGACUGUGACGACGACGAUUCAGAGGAUUCAGACAGUGACAGUUCUUCCUCUUCCUCCUCCUCUUCCUCUUCUUCCUCAUCCUCCUCUUCUCCCUCUGCCCUCGUGUUCGGGGAUGAUGACGACGACGAGGGUUUCAGCCAACCAGCGCCCAUCAAAACCAGAGAUGAAAUUCUGCUCGAGGAGCUGCCAGCGGUGGAGGAGGUGUGUGUGUCCUUACCAGAAGAUGCAGAACUGCAGCCUGUAGGAACAGUCUCCAGUAUUAUACAGCAACUUGUCAUCAUCCAGUCUCUGAAAGACACGCCCCCUCUGAAUGAUGACAGCAUCAUCUUUAGAUCUGAUAGGCUGGCUCUGGGCAAGGUGUUUGAGGUGUUUGGUCCAGUGUCCAGUCCGCUCUAUAUUUUGCGUUUUAACUCUGUGGACCAGAUAAGCAGCAAGGGGCUGACAGAGGGAGUGACAGUUUAUUAUGCACCAGCCAUUAAAGAGUACACAGGAUACAUUCUCACGCAACAACUCAAACUUUUAAAGGGAUCUGAUGCAUCCUGGAAGAACGACCAAGAACCACCAGUGGAGGCUUUAGAUUAUAGUGAUGACGAGAAAGAGCAGCAAGCUAAGAGGAAAGUGAAAAACUCCAAAAAGAAGAGGGACAAUAACGGCACAGAUAAUCCCGCCCACAUUACCCAGAACACCUUGCCGCCGCAGCAGGAGCGUGACGUCAGGAAUUUCCCACCAAGACAAGCAGGGGCUCCAUUCAGGCACCAGAGCCCGAGGAAUAAACCCCCAAUGUUCAGACACACACACACUCCACCCAGACACGCACCCCCACCACCUAGACACACCUAUGUCCCUCCCAUGUACCUCCCCCCUCCGUGCCCUUACCCUCCAGCACUUCAACCUUUUCCCCCACCCAACUUUCCGCUCUACCCGCCUCCUCCACCUUCUUUCUUUAACCCGUCUUUCUCUUCUCCUUUCUGGCCACCAAACUCUAUCCCCUUCUCUGACCUCCCUCCUCCCCCACCACCUCCUCCUCCACCUCCUCCUCCACCUCAGUGAUGCCCCCGCACACCCUCUGCACAUGUACACUCACCAGAGAGUUCCUGCUGGUGAGUCGAUGUUUGGUUUUGUUAGAAGAAUAUAUCAUCUGUUUGUAGACUGUCAUCAAUCAUGUGUAUAUACAUUUAUCAAUCAAUAUCAAUUAUUAGGAUAAACCAUCAUUGGUCGUGAUGGAGCCACGUGAUGUGCUGUGACUAACCACAUACUGCAGUCUCCUUUAUUUUUAAAUAUAUUUGUUUUCCUACAGCUACAUGCAUUUGAUAAAUCUUCAGGUGAUGAAAAUGGUAUUGAUAUUUGUCAUAUUUUAAGUAAAUGUGACUGUUUUUUAGACACAGCUGUCAAAUGCCACACACAUGGACUGAAACACCGGAGAAGUAACGGGCUGCCAUUCGUUGUGAAGUGAACCUUGAACCGCUCAAGACCCAAGAGGCACUCAACGGCACAACGUAAUGCAAGCCAGUCACGCUGGUUUUGCUUUUCUCAUUUCGGUUUGGUGUCGUCAUUUGACAGCUAAGUUGACCGACAGGAUAUUUAUGGAAAGCGUGAUGAAUUGUUUUACCUUUUUAUGUUUUUGGUAAAACUCCACUUGAUGGCAGAAUUGUGUGCAUUCUAAGCACAGUAUGAGAGUAAAUCUAAUUAAAUCCACUUGUUGUGCAUCACAGUGGACUUAGUUCUUCUGGCCAAAUAUAUGUGAGAGACUCGUAUAUACACAACGGACAUUUGGCUUAUUAUUGAUUAUGUGAGAAAUAAAAUGUCAAUAGUUGGCACUGAAUUUUAUUUUUGUAUUUAUAACAAUAUUUUGUGUAGACUUAUUGUCUAUACACAAAAUAGUUAUGAUGGAAAACAUACUACUAUAUUCAGAGUUCUACACUCAGGCUUCAUUCCUUCAAAUGUAUCCCAGUGUGUUCUGGUCCUGUCUUACCUCUAAGUUCCUGUUGCCUUCAUACAGUUAUGUCUGCAAAGAAUGGAAGAGCAAUAUGAUGAUUUUAAGGUUUGAAAAAAAAGAUUAUGGAAAACUUAUGUUUUCCAUAAUAAUGGAUCUGUUCAGUCAAGAUUCAGAUACACCUACACAUGUUGUAGACCUUUAAAGACUUCAUGUGCUCUGGCAUUUGUUUAAAAUAAUGAAUUGGUGUAAAAGUGAUGGGAUUCUUGGACUGAAGGCUGAUUCCCACACAAAUACUUGUUGUUUUUUUGUUUUUUUACUGGCUAGAAAUGAGCUCUGACAAGUCAUUGUCACUCAUGAUAGUGUAUUUGUACCUGAAUGCUUUGUAAAUGUCAACGCCAUUUGAUGAUCUGCGUCACUGGAGAAUAAAUGUUUUUGUUGUAGAACAACGUUACACUGGUUAUGUAAAGCCGCUGUUGUGUGUUCACUCUUUUCCACAACGGGAAAUUUCUACACUCUACAGGUGUGACUGGAAUCUGGCACAAGACAAAUCGUUGAUUAAAUGAGUGAAUAUUUUA